AGAUGCUCCCUUUGUCCAUCAAGGACGAUGAGUACAAGCCGCCUAAAUUCAAUCUGCUCCUCAAGGUCUCGGGGUGGUUCAGGUCCAUCCUGUCCGAUAAGACAUCGCGAAACCUCUUUUUUUUCCUUUGCCUCAACCUCUCCUUUGCUUUCGUGGAGCUGCUGUAUGGCAUCUGGAGCAACAGUUUAGGUUUAAUAUCAGAUUCGUUUCACAUGUUUUUUGACUGUACUGCUCUGUUAGCAGGACUGGCAGCUUCAGUUAUUUCAAAGUGGAGAUCGAACGAUGCUUUCUCCUAUGGGUAUGUUCGAGCAGAAGUUCUAGCUGGUUUUGUAAAUGGUCUGUUUCUGAUCUUCACAGCGUUCUUCAUUUUCUCUGAAGGUGUUGAGAGAGCACUUGAGCCUCCUGACGUGCAUCAUGAAAGACUUCUUCCUGUUUCCAUACUUGGUUUCCUUGUAAACCUUAUAGGAAUUUUUGUGUUUCAACACGGUGGACAUGGUCACUCUCAUGGUUCAGGACAUGAGCAUAGCCAUUCACUGUUCAAUGGAGCUCUGAGUCAUGGGCACAGCCAUGGGGGACACGGUCACAGUCAUGAUUCCAAGCAUGACCACGGGCAUGGCCAUUCCCAUGAUCACAGCCAAGGGCACGGAUGUUCUCAGCGUAAGGACUACUGUCACGGUAAGUGUGUAAAACAGGUGGCUCAGGGUUAUUAUGCCAUCUCUUAUGAUCACCUAGGUGAACUGGCUGCAGGGUCCAGCAAACAGAUUUUAGAAGGAGUAUUUUUACACAUUGUUGCUGACACACUUGGAAGUAUUGGGGUAAUUAUAUCAGCACUACUGAUGCAGAACUAUGGUCUCAUGAUAGCUGACCCUGUCUGUUCAAUGCUGAUAGCCCUGCUUAUAGGAGUAAGUGUCGUCCCUCUUUUAAGAGAAUCCAUUGGAAUUUUGAUGCAGCGAACACCUCCUUCCUUGGAAAGUGCUCUGCCUCAGUGCUAUCAAAGGGUUCAGCAGCUGCAAGGAGUUUAUAGUUUACAUGAUCCUCAUUUUUGGACCCUUUGUACUGAUGUUUACAUAGGGACUUUGAAACUGUUUGUUGCUCCAGAUGCUGAUGCAAAGUGGAUUCUAAGCCAGACUCACAACAUUUUUACUCAGGCUGGAAUAAGGCAACUUUAUGUACAGAUUGAAUAUGCCGCUAUGUAGCGCACAUCUUACUGUUCCCUUUGGACCAAAGCUUUCUGGUACUGUAAUGGUGUAAGACUUUGUACUUUCAUUGGAACCGAUAACCCCCUUCUUCUCUGCAUUUCUCCAAACUGAACAGAGACUGCCAACCUUUGGCUACAUAAAGAGAAAAAAAUGGAAAGCGUAUGGACCUGAAUCUUCAUGAGCCCCAAACAUUUGUGGAUUAUUUGCUGAGUUCCAGCAGCAAACUUAAUAAUGUGGUAUUGUAAUCAUUGGUUAUGCUUUUUCCAAAGCUGCUGAAGCUAUUGCUCAAUCCCACAAAGCCAGUGUUGUUUUGGGGAAGGGGGCUAUAAGGAAAUUUUAUUUUGCUCAUGUCACAGUGGUUGACAUUCUGCAACCUAACUGUAUGUUAAGACUGUUUGUACUUUUGCAAACUUAAUGAACCAAACCAUAUUGGGUUUUAGUGCCUUUCUGUCAAAAUAUCUGCCAGCAAAGAUAUGGAACAUUGGGGGAUUUUUAUUAAUUUUUAUGGCUACUACUUGUACUCAGUAGACUUCUUGCUUGUGAUUGGUGUGAUUUAUGUGUAAUUGCAUAACGCUAGCUAUUCAACUUCCUCUUGCUAUUACAUUUUAAAUUUCCACCGAGGUGACUCUUCAAUUUUAUAAUACAAAGGUGAAAUGAUUUCAGGAAGUUUGUUUACAAAGUGCUUGACUACCACAAAGUAUGACCAGACUGAAAGUGCCUUGGCUCUCUAACAGUAA